AUGAACGAGAAGGAAGUAUCAGCCCCAGUGGUCACCCACCUGGAAGCCAUGACCUCCAUCGACAGCACCGAUCCAAAGGUGCGGGAUGUCACCAACCUCGAUGCCGCCGCUCGCUUUAUUGUAGAGCACGGUGAAACUGCCACGGAGAUUACCGCCGAGGAGAGCGCUGCCGUUCGCCGCAAGAUUGACAAACGUCUCAUGCCGCUCAUGGCAAUUAUGUAUCUCAACCAGCAGCUCGAUAAAAGCGCUAUCUCCUUUUCCUCGGUGUUCAACUUUCAGAAGGACACAGGCCUACAUGGCACCCAGUUUGCGUGGCUGUCGACGAUUGUUUACAUCGGCGCCCUUAUCGGCCAGCCUCUGGCGGUCUACGCUCUUGCCCGCCUGCCGGUCGGCUACUACGUCUCUGCAAACUACGUUGCAUGGUCCAUCUGCAUGCUGUGCAUGACUGCUUGCACCAGCUUUACAGGCCUCGCCGCCCUUCGCUUCCUGCUGGGCCUCUUUGAGGCGAGUAUCGCACCGACCAUGAUGAUUGUCACUGCCAUGUGGUGGACCCGCCGUGAGCAAGGCUUCCGCUCGCAGUGGUGGUACCUCCAGAAUGGUUUCUCCAGCAUUUUCGGAUCCCUCUUGACUUAUGGCUUGGGCCAUAUCGACAACUCCGUCCUCAAGCCCUACCAGCGUAUUUUCCUCGCCAUUGGUCUCAUCUCGUUUUGUUGUUCGAUCCCCAACGCCCUUCUCUUCCCAAACAGCCCGGUUACGGCCAAGUUUUUGAACGAAAACGAGAAGCGUAUCGCCCUUGAGCGUGUCCGAUACAACCAAACUGGUGUCCAGGGACAGCACUUCAAGUGGGAGCACGUUCGCGAAGUCGCCCUGGACCCAAAGACAUAUCUCCUUAUUGGCAUCAUUCUUCCCAAGGCUAUCACUGCCGGCGGCCUCGGAACCUUUGGUCCUCUUGUCCUGCAAGGGCUGGGAUACAACCAGUUCCAGACGACCCUCUUCAACAUGAUCCCAGGCGCCAUCCAAAUCGUCUUUGGCUUUUUUGCAGGCUGGUGGAUGACCAAGUACAAGUACAAGUCGCCCAUGCUCAUGCUCCUUGUCGUCAUUUCGCUUGCGGGGUCCAUCGGCAUGUACAUUUCUCCACGUGGCGAGCAAUACCGCCCUCAGCUCUUGGCGUUCUACAUGCUUCUCCAGUUCUCUGGAUCGGCUGCGCCUCUUGUGUUUGCGUGGGCCAACACCAACACUGCUGGAUCGACCAAGAAGGCCACCAUCGCCUCGGUCGAGUGGACGUUUGUGUGCAUUGGCAACGCCAUUGGCCCUCAGCUCUUUGCGCACGACGUCGGACCUUACUACUUUAUCGCCCUUCGCUCUCAGGUGAUCUCGCUGUCUGUCAUCAUCCUCUGCGUGGUCGCCAUGGCGACCUGGUUGCACAUGCUUAACAAGCGCAACGCGCGCAGGCGUGCAGCCCGUGGUGCGAGCGAAAACCUGGUCGACCUUUCUCUGGAGGCUGAGAGCAAGUGGGCCGAGCUUAGGGAGAAGCAACUCGAGUUCAACACCACGGCGGGAACGACCACACAGAUCGGCGAGCAGGCAUUCCUUGACUUGACCGACCUGGAGAACGACACCUUUAUCUAUUCGUUCUGA